AUGCUGACACAAGAAGCAUGGAAGACUAAAGAAGGAUGGGAUAGUCAGUUACCUCUUGAAAUACAAACAGCAUGGAAGGACGUAGCUGAUGAACAAGCCUUAGUCAAGCAGAUAACCUUUCUGAGACAAGUAGUCAAAGAAGGAGUUGCAGUGACAUUGCAGGUCUUUACAGAUGCUUCAGCUAGAGCCUAUGGAACUUGUGCUUAUUUUGUUACUCAACAACAAUCCCAUUUAAUAACACCAAAAGCAAAAGUAGCUCCAAUAAAUAAAAUAACUAUACCACAGAUGGAGCUAACAGCAUUGCUUACUAGUACAAGUUUAGCAAUGCAUAUCAAACAAACUAUGUUAAAUGUAAAUAUCACAGAUGAGUUUAUGUGGUGUGACAAUGAGUCCUACAAGAGGCCUGAAGUCUUAGUGCUAUAA